AUGCUAUCACUCGAUAGUUUAAAUAUAUGGCUAACGCUGAUCAUCAUUGGACAUGCAUCAGCUAUUUCAUACAAUAAGCCGAAAUUUUGUCCAAAUGCAUCAUGGUAUCCAAAUGCUACGACUUUCGCAAAUAUGAGUAUGAUGGGUCCGAGACCUCGCGAUAUUUUUAUCAAUACAACCAAUACGAUCUAUGUCACUAGUGAAGCAGCUGAUAUGAUUAUUGUGUGGUCUGAAGGAAAUACUAUACCAAUCAAAAAUAUUUCUGGUAAUCUAUCAAAUCCAGUUGGUCUCUUCGUUACAACAGCAGGUGAAAUCUAUGUUGAUAGUGAUAAUCCAACCGGUCGAAUUGAUAAAUGGACAUUAAAUGCAACAGUUGGUAUUCCAAUAAUGUAUACAUGUACAAAAUGUUAUGGUAUUUUUAUCGAUAUGAAUAAUAAUCUUUAUUGCUCCAUGUAUAAUGUUCACCAAAUUGUUACAAAAUCAUUAGAUGUUGUUUCAAAUGCAUUAACAAUUGUUGCAGGUACAGGAACUGCUGGGAGUACCUCGUCUAUGCUCAAUGGUCCUUGUGGAAUCUAUGUUAAUACCAAUUUUGAUUUAUAUGUGGCAGAUUAUAGCAAUAGUAGAAUACAAUUAUUUCAAUCUGGUCAAUUAAAUGGAAUCACAGUGGCGGGAAUAGGAUCAUUAAAUACUACAAUUACACUCAAUGGACCAGCGGCAGUUGUUCUCGAUGCUGAUAGUUAUCUCUAUAUUGUAGAUCAAAAUAAUAAUCGUAUUGUUGGAUCAGGUCCAAAUGGUUUUCGUUGUUUAGUUGGAUGUUCUAAUUCAAGUGGUUCGGCAGCAAAUCAGCUUGAUUAUCCGAGAAGGCUAAGUUUUGAUAGUUAUGGAAACAUGUUUGUCACAGAUUGUAACAAUGAUCGAAUUCAAAAAUUUGCUUUAUUAACAAAUUUGUGCAGUGAAACUAUAACAUCAACUCUAAUGAGUGUAACAACAAUAACUACGCAAUCAAGUAAUAUAAUACAAUUACCAUCAACUAAAAAUAUUUCAUACAAUCGACCAAAAUUCAACGCAUUGCCUUCAUGGAAUCCCAAUGCAAUUAUUUUCGCCAAUAUCAGUACAGUUGGCGUACUUCCUACAGGCAUUUUUGUCGAUACCAAUAACACAAUCUAUGUUGUUGAUCGAGGAAGUAAUGAAAUUCAGAUAUGGUUCAAUAAUAGUAUCAGUCCGACACAAACAAUUUACGGUACUUUUUCUGCAUCUCUUUCUAUUUUCGUUACAACUAAUGGUGAUAUUUAUGUUGACAAUGGGGCAUCUAACUAUCGAGUAGAUAAAUGGACAUUGAUUGCUAUUACUAGUGUUCCUGCCAUGUAUGUUAGCUCAUCAUGUUAUGGUCUUUUCGUCGAUAUCAAUGAUACUCUUUACUGUUCUAUGUUUUUUCUUCAUCAGAUUAUCACAAAAUCGUUGCAUAGUAUGUCAGACAAAACAAUAAUUGUUGCGGGUACAGGUUGUUCUGGAUCCACUUCAAAUAUGCUCAACAGCCCUUGCGGAAUAUAUGUUAGUACUAAUUUCGAUCUAUAUGUGGCAGAUUUUAGCAAUAAUAGAAUACAAUUAUUUCAAUCAGAACAGUUAAAUGGAAUCACAGUAGCAGGAGCAGAAUCACUAGAUACCACAAUUACACUCAAUGGACCAACUGGAAUUAUUCUCGAUGCUGAUAAUUAUCUAUUUAUUGUGGAUUAUAACAAUAAUCGUAUUGUUGGAUCAGGAUCAGAUGGUUUUCAUUGCUUAGUUGGAUGUUCUGGCUCAGGCGGUGCGGCAUCCAAUCAAUUAUUAUAUCCUUUUAGUCUUAGCUUUGAUAGUUAUGGAAACAUGUUUGUCAGUGAUUAUGGAAAUAAUAGAAUUCAAAAAUUUAUUUUAUUAAACAAUACUCAUGAUCCUUCGUACAAUCAACCGAAAUUUUGCCAAAAUGCAUCCUGGAAUCCAGAUGCAAUUACUUUUACAAAUAUCAGUACAGUUGGUGCACUUACUAUGAGCAUUUUUGUUAAUACUAAUAACGCAAUCUAUGUUGCUGGUCGGUCAAAUAAUUUAAUACAGAUAUGGUCUAAUAAUAGUAUCGAUCCGACACAAAUAAUUCAAAGUGGUUCUUUAUACCCUCUUUCUAUUUUUGUUACAACUAAUGGUGAUAUUUAUGUUGACAAUGGGGGAUCCAACUAUCGAGUAGAUAAAUGGACAUCGAAUGGAAACAUUAGUGUUCCUGUCAUGCAUGUUAAUACGUCGUGCUAUGGUCUCUUUAUUGAUACCACUGAUAUUCUUUAUUGUUCAAUGCUUAGUCUACAUCAAGUUGUCAAAAGAUGGUUGAAUGAUAAUUCUAGCAUAGUAACAAUUACUGCUGGUAAUGGGACUGCUGGAAAUACCUCGUCCAUGCUAGGUGGUCCUUGUGGAAUCUAUGUUAAUACCAAUUUCGAUCUGUACGUAGCAGAUUAUUUCAAUAAUAGAAUACAACUAUUCCAGUCUGGUCAAUUAAAUGGAAUCACAGUAGCAGGAGCAGAAUCAUUAAAUACUACAAUUACACUCAAUGGACCAACUGGAAUUGUUCUUGAUGCUGAUAAUUAUCUUUUUAUUGUGGAAUAUCUCAAUAAUCGCAUUGUUGGAUCAGGACCAAAUGGUUUUCGUUGUUUAGUUGGAUGUUCUGGUUCAAGUGGUUCAGCAUCCAAUCAAUUAUUAAGUCCUUAUACUCUUAGCUUUGAUAGUUAUGGUAAUAUGUACGUUACAGAUGCUGGAAAUAAUAGAAUUCAAAAAUUUAUAUUAUCAACAAAUUCUUGUGAUGAAACAAUAUCAACAGUUGAUCCAACUACAACACAAACUCAAAAAGAACAUAUAACUUCUACAGAAUACAUAACAACUCCAAAUAUAUUGCCUACUAAUAAAACAUGUUUCAUUCCAAGAAUAACACUUAUACCUGGUAUAUCAACAUUAUCAUCACCAAUUCAAUUUCGACGAAGUCAAGGUUUUUAUAUAAUAUCAUUGAUUGAAUUAAAUUGUACUAAUUCAUUAUCUAUGAUUACUCAAUGGACAAUAACAAAUUGUACUUCUAUUUGUUUACAAAAAAUUCAAUUAGAUUCAACAAUAAUAACAACAUUGAGUGAAUUAUAUAUUCCUAGAAAUACUCUAGCAUAUGGUAUAUAUGAAUUAAAAUUAACUGUAACAAUGACGAAAGUACCAAGUUUAAUUUCAUCAUCAUCUGUUUAUAUUCAAAUAACUUCAUCCGGUAUAACAGUAAAUUUAGUUGAAUAUGGAACAUCAAUGAUUACACGUGGAAAACAACAAAAUCUUGAAUUUGAUCCAGGAAGUUAUUCUAUUGAUUAUGAUAACAAUGUUUUUAAUGCUAGUAAUUGGAUAUAUAAAUAUUAUUGUCGAAUAUAUAGUUUAUACAUGUUUCCAAAUUUACAAGGUUCAUUAUUAUCAAUUGAUGAUAUGAGAAAUGAUCCAUUGAAUCCAUCAUGUUUAUUAAAUCGAACAGGAUGGCAAUUUAGUAAUUCAAUGGAAUCAUCAUUAACAAUUCUUUCUGAUUCUCUUCAAUCCAAUGAAACAUAUCAAUUUAUGGUUUAUAUGACAAAUCGUCGAAAUUCUUCACUUCAAGCAACUGGUUAUGUACUUGUUAAAGUUGAAGAUACUUAUCCACAAAUGAUUCUAAUUAGUUGUAUUAUUUCAACAUUAUGUGUACCAAACUUAGAAUUUCAAUUUGUCAAUCCAACAACUCAAGUUGCUUUAUUUUCAGUUUGUAGUGAAAAUUGUACAACAAUUCAAAAUAUAACAUGGAAUGUUUAUCAUGGUGAAAUAAAUUCAUCUUCAAAUUUUACAAAAUGGAUAUUAUUUAAUCAAACAAAUUUUUAUCAAAAUAUUUGGUUUUUUGGUACAAAUACAAGUAAUUUUACAGCAACAAAUCAAUUGUUUCUAUCAAAUCCACAAUUACAUCUUUGGCGUUUUGAAGUUACUUACACAUUUAUAUCCGAAACAAGUGUAAGUUCAUUAAAUUUUAUUAUCAAUCAACCACCAUAUAAUGGUUCAUGUUCGAUCACUCCUCUUAAUGGUACAACUACUAGUUUGUUUGAUAUUUCAUGUCCAGAUUGGUUUGAUGAAGAUGGAAUUAGAGAUUAUGCUGUUUAUACUUGGACGAAUGAUUUAACAGAACAAAUGAUCGUUGCUUACUCUGCAGUACCAACAUUUCAAGUUCGAUUACCAUCUGGAGAUAAUCAAACAUCCUUACUUCAUUUGAUUGUUUAUAUUCGAGAUACAUUAAAUUGUAUUGCAGAAUUUAAUCUAUCAUCUGUUAAUGUUAUACCAGAUUUAGUAGGAAUUACUAAUUUAAUAAAUAAUAUUCAAAACCUAUCAAGUGGAAUAACAACAAAUCCAAUAGUUCAAUUACUUGCUAGUGAAAAUCAAAAUGUCGUUGCACAAUUAAUUAUUUCACUUUCACAAGAAUUGAAUAAAAUGAAUAAUGAUAAUAUUGAUAAAGCUAUUUCAAAUGGUAUACCAGUUACAAGUAUUUCUAUUUCACCAUUCGGAUAUCAAAUUUCACAAGGGUUAUCAGUACCAAUAAAUAAAUCACCAUUGAUUGAAUAUAAUACAGAAUUAAAUAAGCAAGCAAAUGUUCGAGAUUAUCUAAUAACAUUUAUAACAAAUCUUGCCAUAACAUCAUUGGAUAGUAUCAAAUUACAAGCAUCAUCAUUAGCACAGUUUACCAAAGCAACAAAUCAAUUAACAAGAACAACUUUAACAUUAGCAGCAGAUAGAUGUUAUCAAUUAACGAUUGCUCUGUAUUUAAAAAGAACAAGAAUCCCGUAUGAAGAUGUUCAAACAGCAGCAACUCAACUUAUUCAAUGUGCUGCUAAUCUACUCAGUGCUGUAAAUGGACCAUUACAACAACGAACUAAUAUAUUGAAUUUAGAUUCAUUACGUGCUACAACAUUUCCAUCUGAUUAUGAUACUGAUCUUGAAUCCGAAUGGUCUAAUUUAAAUUUAUUUGCUGAUGGCAAUGAUUUUUCAUGGGAAACAGUAGAAAAAGGUCGAAAUAUAUAUUAUCAAAGCCAGUUAGCAAAUCGAAUUGCUAUUCAAAUGAAUGAUCUCGUCUCAUUAUUAACUUCAACAUUAAAUAUUCAUUUAAAUAUUGAACAAAGCAUAUUAAUAAAUACGUCUCAAGUAUUAAUGUCAUUAAAAACUAAAACAGUUGAAAUAUUUUUAAAUAAAUAUAUUCAACAAAUUGAAAAUGCUCAAAUUCAAUUUCCUGAAAAUUUAAAUUUAAAUUUAAAUAAAAACUCAAAAAUUUCAAUUCGAUCAAUUAUCGAACCAUUAGCUUCAUUUGGUAUAACAAAUACAAAUCUUUCCAGAUUAGUAACAUUUUCAAUUAUCGAAGAAAAUGAAAUUGCUAUUCAAACAAAUAUUAAUCACCCAAUUGAAAUAAUUAUUCCUCGAGAUCCAAAUAUAAUAAUUCCAUCAAUGAUUUUACAAAAUGUUACAUCAAUGAAUUUUACUCCUUAUAAUCAAUUAUUUCAUUUACAUUAUUUAGAUAUAACAAGUUCUCUUUCAAUUUCAAUUCAUUUUGAAAUUCAACCUUUAAAUAUAAGUCUUGCUUAUUUAUUUAUUUAUAAAUUUGAUCAAUUACCUCAAUUAAAUACUUCAAUUAAUACCAUUGAUGGAUGGACUCUAUUUUGUCCGUUGAAUUUAACAAAUGAAACUUUGUAUAAAUAUUUUAUUAAUAGUCAACAAACAUCUGGUCAUCAAUCAAUUAUAUAUGGUUUACGAGAAUUAAAUUCAACAGAAAUGAUGAAUACAUGUUCGAAUACUUCAAUCAAUAGUCCACCAAUAACAAAUCAACGAUUUAAUUUUACAUCAAAUUAUCAACUAAGAAUUUAUACAUCAGGUUGUUAUUAUCUUGAUAAAACUAAUCAAUGGAAAUCAGAUGGAUUAAUAGUUGGUCCUUUGACAAAUCAUUAUGAAACUCAAUGUUUUUCAAGUCAUUUAACAAGUUUUGCUGGUGGUUUUAUUAUAUUACCUGAAUCAAUUAAUUGGAACUAUAUAUUUGCUAAUGCUGAUUUUAUGAAAAAUAAAACAAUUUAUUUAACAGUUAUUUGUGUAUCUGUAAUUUAUAUUAUUUUAAUCAUCUAUGCACAUUUUAAAGAUAAAAAAGAUUUGGAAAAAUUAGGAGUUACACCAUUACCUGAUAAUCAUCAAUCAGAUGAAUAUUUUUAUCAAAUUAUUAUUUUUACGGGUCAACGAAAAGGUGCUGGAACAGAUUCAAAUGUUCAUUUUGUUUUAUAUGGUGAUAAUGAUGAAACACGUAUUCGUAUAUUAGCAGAUCCUCAUCGAAAAAUUUUACAACGUGGUGGAAUCGAUUCAUUUAUAAUGGCAGUUCCGAAAUCAUUAGGAUUAUUAAAUUAUAUUCGUAUUUGGCAUGAUAAUACAGGUAAAGGUUCAUCAUCAUCAUGGUUUUUAAAAUAUAUAAUUAUUCGUGAUUUACAAACAAUGGAAAAAUUUCAUUUUAUUUCUCAACGUUGGUUUGCCGUUGAAAAAGAUGAUGGAAAAAUUGAACGUAUUUUAUCAGUUGCAAAUGAAAUCGAAAAACAGAAUUUUUCUUAUCUCUUAACAAAACGUACAUAUCAUAGUAUUUCCGAUGGUCAUUUAUGGUUUUCAAUAUUUUCUCGUCCACCAUCAAAUAAAUU